AUGGCGGGUCAGGGUGGUGGAGCGGGCGUGCUGGGCCAGGGCGCUACAGAGGACCGCGGCGAGACGGCGCGCAUGGCCGCAUUUGUCGGCGCCGUGGCGGUGGCUGACCUGGUGAAGAGCACGCUGGGGCCCAAAGGCAUGGACAAGAUCCUGCAGAGCAUGGGCCGCGGCCAGGAGGUGACGGUGACCAAUGACGGCGCCACCAUCUUGAAAGCCAUCCACGUGGACAACCCUGCAGCAAGGGUGCUCGUAGACAUCAGCAGAGUGCAGGAUGACGAGGUGGGUGACGGCACCACGAGUGUGGUGGUGCUGGCGGGGGAGCUGCUGCGCGAGGCGGAGCAGCUGGUGGCGCAGAAGAUCCACCCCAUGACCAUCAUCGCGGGGUACAGGGAGGCGUGUGAGGUGGCCAAGGCCUCCCUGAAAUCCGGGGCCUUCAGCAACGUGCAGGACCCAGCCGCGUUCCGCCGGGACCUCUUGAACAUCGCGCGCACCACCCUCAGCAGCAAGAUCCUGACGGGGGACAAGGAGCACUUCUCAGAGCUGGCGGUGGAGGCCAUCCUGCGGCUCAAGGGCAGCGGCAACCUGGACGCCAUCCACCUCAUCAAGAAGCCGGGGGGCACGCUCAAGGGGGUGGAGGACGGGGUGUGGGCGGCAGCGGGGCACGUUGGCGUGCUGCCGCUGUUCUGGCACACCUUCGGCCAUUCCUGA